AGACGGAUGGUCAGGGGCGUCCCCGUGUAACCUGAACAUGCAAGUGUAACUUCAUUCGUGCCCGUUCAUAGUACCAAACCAGGUUACACGUUUAUUUAGCUUCAGUUAGUCAUAUAACGUGUUUUAAUAAUGGAGGACGACUGUAUUUGUGAGUACGACUCGACCUGGGACACAGAGAGUGACGGAGACGACCCGGCCGGAGAGAGCCAAACCCGUCGGUCAUGUCAAGACAAAAACAAAUCUGGCUGGACAUUAGUUACUUGGCAUCACACGCCCAGAAACAUGAGGGCAGCAAAGGACAUGCAGAACUACAGAAGAGGAUAUCCAAAUCUUACAGAUGAUGAAUGCUCAGAAGACAAAAUGAAUAAUCUGCAGUUUUAUCUCAAUAAAUUUCCCUCUGCUCCUGAUGAUGUCUACAUUGAAUCAUUCCUGAAGGAAUGGAAAAAUGACUACAAAAGACUGGAGAGAGUUCACUCGUACAUUCAGUGGCUGUUUCCAUUGCGAGAGCCGGGGGUUAAUUACAUGGCUUCAGAACUCACCAAGAAGGAAAUUGAGGCCUUCAAGAAGAAUGAGGAUGCUAAAAAGAGACUAGUCGAGUCCUAUGAACUCAUGUUGGGCUUCUAUGGCAUCCGCCUGGUCAACAAAGAGACGGGUGAAGUGAAACGAGCUGAAAAUUGGAAGGAGCGAUUUGGAAAUCUGGAGCGGAAUAUGCACAACAACCUGCGCAUCACUCGCAUCCUGAAGAGCCUCGGAGAGCUGGGCUUUGAGCACUACCAGGCUCCACUUGUGCGCUUCUUCCUUGAAGAGACUCUAGUCAAGAAGACCCUUAGCAGUGUUAAACGCAGCGUGCUCGACUACUUCCUGUUUGCGGUUCUAGACAAGGAGAAACGCCAGGAGCUUGUGCGCUUUGCCUACCUUCACUUUGAGCCAAAGGAUAAGUUUGUGUGGUGUCCCAGAAAGAUUCAGAAACAAUUCAGGAAGGCAGAGAAGAGAUCUGAUGCUAUUGGGAAUGGAGAUGGAAAAGAUGAAGUUUACUCACGGGUUAAAAGCAAAGAUGGAGAAGCAGUUGUGCAACAAAAAGAGGACGGAUUGGAUAAAGUAACAAAGGCUCACAAAGGAACUGAUAAAACAGCAAGUAAAGACAAAAACAAACUGUCUGAGGCAUCCCUUGAGCCAAAACCAGAGGCUGAGACUGUCGGAAAUGGAAAUGCAGAGGCUGAGUCGACUAAUGAAAUUUCGGGGGAUGGAAAUGACUCUAUGGAUGAUGUUGAUGAAAUGGAUCAGACACCCAGUCCUGACACUGUGACGGCAAAAACCGAGCCCUGUACAGACAGUGAGCGCAGAUUUAGCAACAACUCGAAGGCCAGCAUCCAGGAGCCAGACAUCAUUAUGCAAACAGAUGGGGACACAGACAAUGAAAAACCACCGAAGAAGAAGAGAGAAGAUAACAAGGUGCUGCCAAGCAACGGCUCUGCUGGGGACUUAGCCAGUGGGCAGACGGAGGAAAAAGCUGGUGCUAAUAAAGCCACUGGUCAAACGAGCCCUUCAGUGCAAACCCCCCUUAAGACUUCAAAACAUUCACCCUCUCUGUCUUUAGGGAGGGAGGAAAAAAUCCCAAGGACUGAUUUUAAUCAAGUGCCAGAUAAAAAAGAAGAGGAAGAAACGUCGCAGGCAAAUGUGUUAGUGACAAAUGGGUCACUGACGAGCACCGACAACGUUGUGGAUAAACAGACAAAUGGAAAGGAGAAUGAGGAUGUUGAUAUGGAAUCAAAUCCCCUGAGCUCAGACCACAAUGUGGGGAAUUCAUGAAUAAACUGGAUGAUUGCAGAAAAUGCAUUAAUUUGAUCUUAAAUGAAAUGUAACAUAAGGACAGAGUUUAAAGACUUACUGGCCUUAUUUCUACGAUAUUUGAUGUUUAGAUAUUGAUUCUUUUCACUUUGAAGGACUGUAUGCAUUCAUGAACUCACUAAACGUGGGACUGGAUGUGACUGAGUUUCUACAUGGCCAUCAGACAAUAUUUAAAGGUUAAGGCUGGUGAUAUUCUAGAUUUUUGUUAUUGACAAAUCCCAUGAAAAGGUGGAAAUCAACAGGUGACUUGAUGGAUGACUGCAACCUGCAAGGCUAUCAGAGAUAGCCAAAGGUGUCAGUGAGCUAAUUUUCACUAGCCUUACUAGCUGGUCUAUUUGUACAGGAGAAAGCUAAUUAGUGAAGAAGCACAUAACUCAACUGUCCUUGGAAAUUAAGCAAAAUAGAGGCAAAAGAUUGCCAAUGAACCUUUGCAACAUAACUUCUAAUUAAUCAGAUUUUGAAAAGUAGUUCCACAUUCUUUAUCAGAGUUGUAUUGUCGCAGAAAACUUCAGUGAAAUCCGUCCAGCAGCUCUGUUCUGAAAGUCUUACAGGAGAAUAUCAGAUAAUGAAGAGUGCACAGCUCUUUGCUAUUGUUGUAAAAGUACUGCAAAUGUAAUCUUCAAUCAGUUCGUACUGACAUGUUCAUUGUAACAUUUUUGAAUAUCACAAAUCACAAAACUUAAAACCCACCGUCAGCGCGGCUUUAGCAUUCUAACAGCUUGCACAGCUAAUAGCAGUGAGCAGACGAAAAACAUGUUAGUCUUAUUAGCUACCCUGUCAGUCACGUGACCUUUGCCUUGCAGGUUGUGGCUGUUCUUUGUGUCUCUCCUCAAAACCAACAGUGUGUUGGUCCACCUCUCAGAACUUUCUGGCUUCCCUACCCUGUCUGUGGCUCUCAGCUCCAAGCCUGUUUGUUUUUAUUGAAGACGUGAAUCUAAAAAAAUUUACAGCAGGUAACUAGCUUUUAUCAAAUGACUCAAAACAAAAGAAAAUAGUGUGGUUUUUUUGGGGGGGGCAACAGGACAGUGUAUGUGGGGUUGACUGCAAAGUAACUGCAGUUCUCAUGUUUGUUGUAAUGAUAAAACGUGUCAGCCAACAGGUUGACUCACUGAUGUGAUUUUAAUAGGUUUUGGACAACAGCUGAAGAGUGUGGCAUUCACAGACAAUAUCUGCAAGUGGGAUAAUUUAUUGGUGGUUUUGGUCUUUUCAUGGUAUUUGUUGACAGUAACAAAAAUGUAAAUAUUACCAGGCUUAUCCUUUCAGAUAGCAAUCACUGUCUGCAGCUGUUAUUUAAUAUCUCUACAGGAUACAUAAAGCACUAUUAUUAAUGUAUAUCAGUGAAAUGAUGGUUUCAGCAUUUUUAACACCUCAGUACUUUCACAAUUGAACAUUUGUUUUGCACUGAAAAUAAUUAAUUCGAAGAGCUUUUUUUGUUUUUUUUCUGGGCUGUUUUUGUGUGAGUAAAAGAUUCCUGUACUGGUUUGUGUUUCUGCCAGACCCUGCUGUUCAAAUGGAUUUAAGACUGAAUGUCACUUGAGUUAUAUUUCAACAAUGUUGCACAGUCUGUAUGUUUUCAUGCAGAUUUGGGAAGUAGACUUUUGAACAACUGAAAGCCUUGCCAAAAAAUGUGAUAAGACUGGUUGAUUGUACAAUAUGUUUGUCUUCUCUGCAGAACUGAUGAAGCUUUGGCUAUAAUUUAAAGUCCACUGUAUGUUGAUUUACAAGCCAGGGUCAUUAUAUUGAUGCAUCGUUUUAUAUUUGCACUUAAUUUUAGCUAUCAGUUGUUAAAUUUGUGGUAUUUACAUAAUGAAAUGGUAAUAACUUUACAAAAGUGCUGAAUUCUUUAUAUAUGACUUUUUUUUCCCAACUAAAUAUCUGGCUGUUGACAAAGCAGAAUAAAGUUAAACUAUUUUUUGAUGCUUAUAUGAAAUUAAUCAUUUUUCAGCCGCAGUCUUGAGUCCCGUUGUAGUUUAUUGAAUUGCAAUUCUCAGGAUAACACUGGUAGACGUCAGCUUUUGCUCCUAUUCCUGAGACUCUCCUGAGAUUUUCCAGUGCAGCAGCAUAUAGUCAGAAAUAUCUGUGUUUCUCUCUCCAGCAAACAGACCGGGCCUCAGUGAAGUGACAUGACUCACAUCAGAGGGAAGAAGAAAGAUGCUACAGAUAUCGAUGCAACAGAAUUUGUACAGGUCUCAGGAUCAGUGUGCAGUCGAGGGUGUGAGUAAGGACAAAAAGUAUAUGUACUGUUCCAGUUUGAGCUUGCUGUUUGUUACUGCAUUGUCCAUGCCAGCCUCUAUCUAUAGAUCUACCAAUUCCCUGUUUGGAACA